UCUCCCAUACUAUGCAGGUGUGUGUAUUGUUUACAUCGUCAGGUAGCGACAGGCAAAGAAUACGGAACACAACCUCGAAAUGAAACAUGACGCACCACGAAUAGUUUGAAGGCGAGUCGGGUCAGAUUUUUUUAGGCAAGUCGGAUUUUCGGCGAGUCGGGUGCAACUCUAUGAAAUUUCAGAAGGCAAGUCAACAUGACCAUCAACAGCUUCUCGCCGAUCGAGGAGACCCAGAGCUGGGCCGGGUUUGAAUCCAAUCGGAUGGUGGGCACCUCCUGUGCCAAAUGGAUAAAAAACCUAUUACUGAUAGCAUUUGUUGUUGUCUUGAUCUGCGGCAUCGCCAUCCUGGGUAUCGGCAUCUGGACCCAUGAGUCGGAGUAUGGCAGCAAGCAGCUCUCCAGCCUCAUCGACAUCCCCUUGUACGAGGUGGACUCCUUCUUGCUGAUUGGCUGUGGGGUAGCCAUCAUUGUCAUCACGCUACUCGGGGUCUGCGGGGUGAUGACACAGUACAAGUGCAUUAUGGGAUUGCAUCUAUGGGCAUUGGCCUUCCUCUCCGUCAGUCUGUUUGUAGCAGGAAUUCUGGGAUAUGUCCUGAUUGGCGAGCUUGAGGAGAAGGUGAAGGGCAAGCUCGAGGAUACAGUGAUGGCAAACUAUGGCGUUGACCUCCCCUCCAACUCAAAGAACCUCGAGAUCACCGAGUCCUGGGACAGAAUACAGCAGACGUUCAAGUGUUGUGGCGCCUUUGGCACAGUGAACAGCUCUACGUCAUGGGCCAUCUACCGCGAACAGAGUGAAUGGUACAAGAAGGGCUUCUCAAAGGGAAGAUUCGUUCCCUUGAGUUGCUGUGACAAAAGCCUGCACAAGUACCUCAAUGACUGCACUGGACUGACCGACGUGCCUGAUGCCCCGCCCCGACAUGGGCCCCCGGUUCUCCUCAACAUGGCGGACCUCAACUACACGCUGUACACAGUGGGCUGCUUUGACGUGCUGGACGGCUACCUGAGGGGGACUGGCAUCAUCAUCGGAACAACGGCCAUAGUUGUGGGAGUCUUUCUGCUGGUGGAACUGGUGUUGUCUGUGUGUAUGUACCGUAUGCUGAGGUAGUAGUCGCAGCAGCAGCAGCAGCAGCAUCAAUAACCUCUUCACGGUAGCUGCAUCCUUAUAUUAUUACAACAGAAUCUCGUUGACUCAGAACCUGAACAAACUCAUUUCCUGUGCUGAUAUUAAUUCCACAGAAAGGACUAUUUGUUACAAUGUUUGAGGUACUUUAGGGUACCAAAAUAUAUAACCAAUAUUACUAUAUUAUUAGUUUACAGAAUCUGGGAUAUUUUUACAAAUCAAACAAUUUUUAUGAAAUUUUGUCUGUAUUGAUAUUAGUGUUCUUGGAUACAUAGUACUGUUUAAAGAGCAGCUUUGCUUCACAAAGCGAUCUUAGUGCUUGAAGAUGUUAGCCUGUGUUAAAGGAUGGGAAUUACAAUCACCUUAGCGCUAAGAUUGCUUUGUGAAGCAGGGCCCAGAACUAAACACAACUAUUGUUGUAAACACUCUUUACUCUUUGUACGAGACAUUCCGUCCUUUGAUGGUCACACACUUCUAUCUUUUACCAUGGUUACUGCAGGAUCAAUACUAAUCAUGAUAUAAAUUGUUGAGAUUUAGGAACUAAAUUUGAUAAAACGAAUGUAUUGCUGAGGUUGAUGUUGAAAUGUUUUCCUAUAUUUUUUAAGUGUUUUUUGUCUUGUUCAAUGAUGUAGUUAUCCAUAUUUAUUUUUCACAAAUGUAGGGCCGUCUGUUUAUAUAAUAUUUGGAAUAAUAUUACAAUGAUGUUAAAAAAGUUUGGACAAUGAGUGAAUAAUUUUUUCAAGGUAAUAUAUGCAAACGGGCUUUAUUUUGUGUCCAUGAUGUGUUCGUCUUGGUGUCUCAUUGGGUUGUGGUUUCACCUUAGUAGACUGAUUUCACGCCUCUUCUUAUCAAGAUACACAUGGUAAAGCAAACUGUGAUAUAUGUAGUGUGUGCGUUUUAUUUAUUGUUUGUGUUUAUUAUUUAUGUUUCUUGUUGUAUUUCACUAUGUAAACAAAUGACAAUCUUUUAGUUUCGAACUGAAAUUUAAACCUUUGAGAAUGCUCCGUCCAUCUACAUUGGUUCUUGGUGGAAAUGCUGACCAGUUUUAGCCAACAAGGGCCAGUAUUGUCAACACUGACCAAUGUCAAAAGGCCCAUGAAGAUCCAGGUUAGAAUAGGUCUUCAGCAACCCAUGCUUGCUGUGAAAGGCGACUAUGCUUGUCGUAAGAGGCGACUCACGGCAUCAGGUGGUCAGACUCGCUGACUUGGUUAAUACAUGUCAUCAUAUCCCAAUUGCGUGAAUCGAUGCUCAUAAUAUCAAUCACUGGAUUGUCUGGUCCAGACUUGAUUAUUUACAGAUCGCUACCAUAUAGCUGCAGUAUUGCUGCGUGCGGUGUUAAACAACACUCAAUAUUGUCAAAGGCAGAUCUAAGAUUUUGAAAAAGGGGCUGCUCAUUUAUUACAAAAUCUGAUGGAAGGAGAAGUAUGCACAAGAUUUCUCUGGAUCCACCAGUGUGUGUUGACCAGCAUUGACUUACUGAGCAUUGACCAGCAAUAAUGAGUGUUGACCAGAGAUGACCAGCAUUAACUAGUGCUAACUCGUGUUGUCCAGUGGUGAUUCCUGCUGGCCAACAUAUUCAAUGUUGAGUAUGAGUGCAACAACAGGUCAUCCAGAAGCACUCAUUAAAUCAUCAUCAUCAUCAUCACCAUCAUCAACAAUGCAAGUUAAAAUAGCUGUGUUUGUUAUCCCAAAUAUCUUCCUGCAUGCCAGGCCAGUUUUCAACUUAUCUUCAAAUUUUUGAACAUAUUUAAAUUACAGUCCCAAUUUUCCACGUGUUUUUCUUGAUAAUUAAAUCAAUGUGCUGGUAAUCUGUGCUGUGGGAUAGUGCAAUUGAAAAGUUGUCACAAGUAUUCGCCUCUCUUUUUUUUGGCCAAUAUUUUUGGAAAUCUUUUGCUAUACCAAUUUUUCAACAAACAUUUUGUGGUAAUUCAGAAUUCAGAAUUACCACAGCCAAACAUGAGUGUUUUGUGAAACUAUGGCAGAACUGUACUGCAGUAAAGAGGCAAGUAGUUGUGAGCAGUAGUGUAUUUGUCUGCACAUUGUUUACAAUGGUUUCACCUCUUUGUCGGUAUUUAUGUUUGCCUCAGUUUUCUUGACUAUCUGAAUAGCAAAUUACGUUAUAUUUGACAUCAAUCUGGCUCCGACCUGGCAAAAUAGUUCCAGGUGACCUUGUAACCGAUUACAAUAUAUGUAUUGUGCUGCAUCAAGAAAUGUGAGGUCAUGUGCUGCACUGGGAAAUGUGAGGUCCCAUUGUGCUGCACUGAGAAAUGUGAGGUCCCAUUGUGCUGCAUCGAGAAAUGUGAGGUCACGUGCUGCAUCGAGAAAUGUGAGGUCACGUGCUGCAUCGAGAAAUGUGGUCAUGUGCUGCAUCGAUGAAUCUGAGGUCACAUUGUGCUGCAUCGAGAAAUGUGAGGUCACGUGCUGCACUGAGAACUGUGAUGUCAUGUGCUGCAUCGAUGAAUCUGAGGUCUCAUGCUGCAUCAAGAAAUGUCAGGUCACAUGGUGCUGCAUCUGGGAAUUCAGAGGUCAAGUGCUGCAUUAAAAUAUGAGGUCAUGUGCUGCGUCAAGAAAUGUCAGGUAACAUGCUGCAUCAAGAAAUGUGAGGUCACAUGCUGCAUAAAAAUAAUAUGGUGUUUUGGAAUCAGCAUAAACAUGACCACCUGUACAGAACUUAAGGACGUAGUAUCUGGUUCGGAUGUCUCUCUGGAUGCUCCUGACUCCUUGUGACCUGUCAUGUCCGAGUGUCCUAGGCAGACAGGAUAGUGUAUUGUAAGUUUAUUCAGCUGUGUAUCGUGAUGACCAUCCUACAUGUGUACUCCAUAUGUUCAGAAGAAAACUAUUUGACCCAGGUAGUGUUUUGUGACCCCCCUGGUACUGUGUUGUGACCCAGGUACUGUUUUCGGACCCUGGAAACCAAAAAAACAUUACUUUAAUUGCCCUUGAGGUUUAUUAAAGGUGAUGGGUCAAAGGUCACAAUGUUGUAGCCCCCUGAAUAUGUUGUGUUAUAUGUACUUUCUCAUUCAUAGCUGCUGACACAUGACAUAUAUAGUUUGUUGAUGUUCUAGGGUUGUUAUGACUUCCACUGUUUUACAUGUAACACGUUUGUUGACACUCAUAUAUAGAUGAUAUUGAGAUUGGUUGUGCGGCUGUUUGCUGAUACAGCAGCACCAAUCAUACAUGGGAACUUCGUCACACAGAGCAUAAUACAUCAGCUUAUUAUUUGUUUGCAUUUACCAUAAUUAUUCUUAUACAUGCGCUCUCAAAACUACAAUAUAUUGGACAAUGAUAUUUAAUUCCUUCAUAUUUUUAAAAGACAAUUUUUACAUUUUUACACUAGCAAGGGGAGUUUAAUUUCAUAUUAUCCAAAUGAAUUUUGUGAAAUUAAAAAAAACCCAAUUCUGUUUGAUUGAAAGUAUAUAUUUCUUUAUAUCUAUUUUUGAAAAGGUUUGCCUUAAAUAUUUUGGGAGGAACCUCUAAUAAACCCUGAUUUCAUUUUUGUAUUCAUCCCUUGGCAUAUUGGGUAUAAAUAUUAAUAAAUUUAAAUUGAUCAGGAUGUUUUUGCCUGCUUAAAAAAACAUGACUUUGUUUGAGUAGCGCCCCAGUUUAACAGAAACACAUCUCCCGUCCGAAAUAAUGGAAUAAUUAUGGUAACUAUGGUAAACUGCUGAUACAUGUCAGGUUUCCACAAUAACCAGUGCUAACUCCGUCCACGUGUGAUCACAUUAAGCAGAGAUAUUCUAGUUGGAUUACAGUAUUAUGAGACACAUGACUGUCAUGUCUAUAUGUACAUUCCUACAGUCCCCCUCUGUCUUGGCUACAUAUACGCAAAGAAACAGUUACGUCUGGAAGUUAAUCAUAAAUCUCAGUGUAUAAUCUGGUGGUUUUACAUUUCAUGAACCCAGAUCACAUCUGAAAGUAAACAUCCAUGUAAUAAUGGUCGGAUGGUCGGGAUUUACCAAAUAUAUUGUUUUCCCUAAAAGGAAUAAAAUUAUUAUAAAUUCUGUAUCUUAACACAUUUACUUCCUAAUAUGGAUAUUACUUCAAGUUCAGGAUAUCCAACAUGUCCAGAGAACAAAUUUGUGAAAUAUUUAAAAAACUGAGCAAUAAUAUAUUUUUUGCAUAACUCCCUGGAAUUAUUUAUAUUAAAUCAAUCAGUCUCCAAGUAACAUUCCGUCACCCUGUGUCAUUUCCUUUGUUCAGCAACAAUCAGUCUUUAUCAUGUUAUAAAUUUGAGGUCUGUUAAUGCCAUAAAAUGUAAAGUCUGUCUGGGGAUAUUUGUAAACACAAGAGAAAUACUGUUUUGAAGAUUUUAGAGUAGGAAUUUGGACACUGCCUGCAUUUUCUUAGAUAAAAAAACAUACCCAUUCUUACCUUUUUUCUUUGUGUAUGAGUAGAAGUGGUGACAACACUGAAUAUUCAUUGUGUUUUAUGUGUUAUUCUUUUGAAAUAACUGUGAUAUAACAGUAUUAACAGUGACAGACUUCAUGUCAAAAUGGAGGCAAGUAACGAAUCGAUUGUAACAUGUCCAAUUCCAUUGAGCUCAUGUGCUGAAUGUACAUUCUUUUUAGUGAAUCCUUUUGGGUUUAAACGUUUAUUGUGCAUAUGGCAUUAUUUUUAAUUGAAAUGAAUUUUUGUUUGAGGUCGUCUUAUUUGGGCUUAUUAAAAAAAUCCAUCUUUAUUGUUUGUUUAGUCAAAUAUUUGAUUUUUAGAAUUAAUUAUGAAUAUGCUUCGAGUCAUAGACACUGUUUUGAAUUCUUAGUUAUUUAGGAAUCACAUUAAUGACAUUAAUUGUACAUGCAGUAGUAUUAAAGCAAUAUACUGGGGUG